AUGAAAGAAAAUGCAGAAACGCCAUUGGGAAGGUUUUUAAUCUUCUUUCCUGUACCACAGAGAGCAAUUUUCCUCCUCAUAGCUGGCCUGUGGCUAUGGUCGUGGCAACUGUCCAUCCUAUCAAAACGUGGAAUUGAUGUGUCAAAACUCAUAAUCACCAAUGAUCCUUACGCUAUUCGGCCUCGCACCUCAAGCAUGAGUUUAAUUGCAUCAAUUCGUGGUUCUAACGCUAAAAUCACAAAAAUCCUGAUACCUUGGCAAAUCGCGACAUCUUUUUUAUUGCAAAUGGUGGUAAACGACCCUUAUGGCGUGCCCGCAUGGCUUGUGUGCCUAGUUAAUAUUUCUCCACUGUGCCAAUUGGUUACCGUCGCUACAAUACUAUUAUCCAGCUCACCUAUGUUAGCUCGAUGCGUGAAGAACAUAUUACGCUUUGGCAAUAUCGAACCCAAACCACUACGAUUGAACUAUAUUCUACUUUCAGACACCUUGACAUCAUACAACAAACCUAUGAUAGACUUUGGACUCUAUUUGUGUCAUUUGUUGAUAGAUCCCGUCAAUUAUAAUUGUAUUGUGUCAAAGAGCUCUUUGGGAAUUGCUCUUAAUCUUGAUAUAAUGAUUGGUAUUGCACCUGCUGUAACUAGAUUCGUUCAGUGCCUAAGAGAGUGGAACAGAUCCAGUUCCAAGGCACAGGCGUACAGCUCUAUAUUCAACGCUUUGAAAUAUGCCUCGAACCUCCCUAUCCUGGUCUGUACAGUUUUGGCACGCGCAAAUGUCGAAAAAUCACCAAGCAAUAAUAUAUUUUGGUUCAUGUUUUUCCACUCUGCGUAUUCAUUUUGGUGGGAUUUAACAAUGGACUGGAAUCUAGGAUUCCUGAACUUUAGCCAGUCAGGUAUGACUCGCAAUGAAGUUCUAAGAAAACGACGUUAUUUUUCGCCAUUUGCAUACUAUAUUUGUGCCGGUUUUGAUUUCACUGUCAGGUUUUUCUGGCUGUGGGAGCUUUUUGCUGGUAGAACAGUAUUUGAAGGUGAGAUAAAUUUCUUCUUUUUGGAAAUUUUGGAAAUACUCAGAAGAUGGGUUUGGAUAUUUAUCAGAGUUGAAGCUGAAGCGUCAGAAGGUGGAAAUCCCGAGAAGUCCCAAGACUGA